CGACGAAUUGGGACGCCAGGCUGCGAAGCGCUGAGCACACUAUAAAUGAUACGUACACAGCUUUGGUCUGCGCUUUGCAAUCAGUCUUGAAACCCCCAUUAUUUAUUGAUCUACUAGCUCCCAUAACAUAGACUCUGCUCCCACAAGAGAAAGAAUCUGUGACCUUUCUGCUUCUAAUUAUGGCCACUGUCAUUAAGCCUCGACCGAACGGCGACUAUACUGUUGGCUGGAUCUGCGCUCUUCAGAUCGAACUUGUUGCCGCACGCGUAUUCCUCGACGAGAUUCACGUCGGGACUCCCCAGUAUCUGGGGAAAAAUGACAACAACACGUAUCUUCUUGGGGAUGCGGAAGGGCACAACGUUGUCGUCGCGGCUUUACCUGCUGGUAUGUAUGGAACGAACUCUGCCGCCAGCGUUGCACGCGAUAUGCUUCGAUCCUUCGAGAAUGUCCGCAUUGGAUUAAUGGUUGGAAUCGGAGGAGGCGCUCCUUCAUCCGAAUACAAUAUCCAUUUGGGCGAUGUUGUCGUCAGCGUGCCCCAGAACAUUGGCCACGGUGGAAGCAGCGGCGUUUUGCAGUACAAAUUCGGAAAGAACAUCCAAGACGAAGAUUUUCAGUUUACAGGCCAUCUCGACAAGCCCCCCCAAAUCUUACUCGCGGCAGUCACGAGCUUGAAAGCAAUGUUCAUGGUUAAUGGGAACCGCAUCGAUGAGCGUGUAAAGAUUGUCCUAGAGAAUAAUCCACGCUUGGUCAAGAAGUUCUCUCGACCACCUGCAGAAAGCGACCGACUAUAUGUUGCCGAUUACACUCACCCAAAAUCACACGAUAGAAUGAAUUUACGCGAAAGCUGCGAUACUACCUGCGGCACUGACAAAUCCCAUGUUGUCGAUCGGAAUAGGUGGGCAGAUCGGGAUGACGAGACGAUGAUAUACGAAGGUAUCAUCGCUUCUGCGGAUCAACUGGUGAAAAAUGCGAGGGAUCGGGAUGAUCUGUCAAGGAAGCAUGGAGUUCUUUGUUUUGAGAUGGAAGCAGCAGGAUUGAUGAACAAUUUCCCUUGCCUAGUAGUCCGGGGAAUCUGCGAUUAUUCAGAUUCGCACAAGAAUGACGCAUGGCAUGGAUACGCUGCCUUGUCCGCAGCUGCGUACGCAAAGCAGCUACUCUCUCAGAUUGCUCCCAGCUUGAUUGAAUCGCAACCAAAGCUGAUCGACUCCCUAAAUAUGAUCGAAAAGUCCAUUGAGGUAGUUCAAAACACGACUUCUGCUACACAUCAAACAAUCACCAACAUGGAUACCUCAAGGAAAUAUUCAAAGCUCAAGAAGUGGCUCCGCCCUUUCGACGGUUCUGUGUAUCACAACGAAGCACAGAAACAACGCCACCGCGGGUCAGGCAAAUGGCUCAUUGCAGAUCUUAGGUUUAAAGAAUGGCUUAAAGAACCUCACACAUUUCUGUGGCUAUUUGGCCUUCCUGGCUCCGGCAAGACUAUCCUCAGCUCAACAAUUAUAGAGCAUAUCAGGGGACAUACGACUAACGCGUGCCUCUAUUUUUAUAUCACGUUCCAAAGGAGAGAGACGCUGUCGCUGGACGUCUUGUUGCAAACCCUCGUUUGGCAGCUGUCCUCUCAGCACAAGUCAGCAGCGCGUAUACUCAAGAAGCUCCAUACAGAAUGCCAAGGCGAACCAGGGGAAAAUGUGCGGACACCAAAGACCAACGAACUUGUAAAGACAUUCGAACAGAUGCUGCGGCUAGAACAUGAGACUUGGAUAGUCAUAGACGCAUUAGACGAAUGUCUCGCCGAAGGAAAGCGGGGAGACUUCAAAAGCCUGAUGAAUUGGUUAAAAGACAUUGUUCUCGCGAGACACAGUAAUUUACAUCUUCUGGUCACCAGUCGCGACGAAAACGAGAUUAGAGCCAGCCUCGUAGCCAUAAGUGGUCCUCGAACUUUCAUAAGCAUCGAGGGACAGGGUCUUGACAGUGAUAUCAGGGACUAUAUCUGGACAAGAGUCUGGCGGAGUCACGAACUACAAAGAUGGGAAACCAGUUCGGACAAGGAGAACGAUGUGCGAGAGAUGAUUCAAUCGAAGCUACUUGAUCAAGCUGGUGGAAUGUUUCGAUACAUUGCAUUGCAGAUGGAUGCGCUUGAGGAGUGUCCUAACCUCAAAAAUGUGCGCACAAUUCUGAAGAACCUGCCAGACAGUAUAAACGACGCCUAUUCUAGAAUCAUGGUGAGGGUUUUCAAUCGGUUCAGAGAUGAUGCAAUUCGGAUUCUUCGGCUGUUAAUCUAUAGCGCAAGGCCUUUGAGAGUGAAUGAAUUGAUCGACGCUAUUGCUGUACAGCCGGAUGAGAGCCCGCCAUUUGAGACGGAAAAUCGGACCAGGAGACCGACUGAGAUCGCCCGAUGCUGCUCCAGUUUAAUCAAACUUGUCAACCCCAAUGAGUCUCAUGAUGAGGGAGCUUUGGAACUUCACUUAAGUCAUUUCACUGUACAAGAGUAUUUGGUCACAAGCGAGGAGUACCGUGGUUACUUCCAAGAAACGCCCUCACGGGUCUCAAUCGCAAACAUUUGUAUGUCCUAUCUUCGGGGUAUGGACCGUCAACUCGGUGAAUGGAAGCAAAUUGAGGGCUGCAUGGGGAAAACCCUGGAGGAAAAGCAAGCCGAGAUCGAAGCUUCCUUUCCGUUUAGUAAAUACAGUUCUGAGAGCUGGAUCUCAAACGCCAUUUCAGCCAUGGAGGACGACGAGUCCAUCUUCGACAAGACUAUGGAAUUUCUCCUUGAUUCCAACUCCCACUAUCUCGACUACUGGAUCACCACUACUGGCGGCUAUGGAAGCGAAGCUUGCUGCUGGAUAUUUCGGCAUGCUUGCAGCGCUGGUAUGAGCGUGCGUGGUCUAAAGGCUCUUCUCAAAGAUAAGUCCUUCGCAGAAUUUGACUUGCGUGAAGAGGAUCAUCACUAUGACUUUUUGAAUAUAGCAUGUGAAAGAGGCGAUGUAGAAAUGGCGCGGUUUCUCCUUAGAAAAGGCGUCGUUGCUAGCCCAAGCCACCUUCUAGGCAAGAUCAAAGAUGAAGAGAUUGUGCGAGUAUUACUUGCAACUGGUGGCAUUGAUGGAGAUCCUCAAUACGAAAAUUGGGCGUUCAUCAAUGCAUGCAUGUCUGGACAUUUGGCAGUCGUAAAGAUGCUUAUCGAACACAAUAGCUCGUACAUCAACACCAUUGACAGAGACUACGGGCCCCCUUUAUGGGUUGCGUGUGAACGUGGACAUGAGGACGUGGCUCUGCUACUACUGGAAAACGAUGCCGAUCCAUACGGUACCGAUCUAUAUGGCGAUACCUAUGACGAACCUUUACUAGACGUCAUCUUCAGUAAAGGCUUGAAGAAAGUUCUCGCAGAAGUUAUCAAGAUGUAUCCGAAACUAGCGAAGAGGGAGGACUUCGCAUUCGUUGCCGAGGCCGGCAAGCACGAGUUAAUCGAGAUUUUAUGGAAUAAUGGAUGCUUCCGGAGAAAACACCUGAGCGAAGCACUUUGGUAUGCUGCGAAAAACAACAGAGAAGACGCGGUGCGCUUGUUGCUGCGACUAGGUGCAGACGGUCGAAUUGCAAGGAGAGAACAAAACGACGAAGAGUUUCGGACCCCACUCCAAAUGGCACAGGCGCUUGGAUGCAUGGGAGUCACGUCAGUGCUGAUGUAUGCGGAAGGAACAUACGAUUCUGCGAGUGAGAGUAGUGGAGAAGAUUGAAUUUGCCGUCUACGGUUGUAUCAUAGAUGUAUGAGUAGUUUUAGUUCGAGAUGGCGACAUAUCGGCGUCCAUGCAGAUAUAGAGUUCUCUUAACCUCUAAGCAAACCCUUUGGCAAACUGAUG